AACAAUGUAACUGUACGUGAAAAUCCAAUGACGAUUUCAAAUAAUUAAAUUACCAUUUGAAAACGAACCGUGACAAGUGACGCAACGCAACGGACAACGGCGAUCUCAAGGUUUUAACACAUUUGCACCUGUGAAAUCGUCACCAGCAGAUCACCAGGUCAUGCCCCGGGUGCCGUUAGCUCUGAUGGCGAUUCUUGGCGCGCUUCAGGGCGCGGUGGUGGAUCAGGGCGAGCCGUUUCCGGUCGAAGACCAAUGGUUCGAGCAGUACCUCGAUCACUUUAAUCCCAUGGACAACAGGACCUUUAGUCUGAGGUAUUUCGAAAAUGGGGAAUUUUAUCGACCUGGGGGUCCCAUACUGCUCGAAAUUGGAGGCGAGGUUACGGUCGAACCGUCAUCGAUGCGAUCGGGCCCAAAUUAUGAGCUUGGGAGGAGGAUGGGCGGCAUGAUCUUACUUCUCGAGCAUCGCUAUUAUGGAAAAAGUGACCCGUUCGGGGAAAACAAAACAGUGGAUGAGUACCAGUACCUGACCGCCGAACAAGCCUUAGAAGACAUCGCAUAUUUCAUCGAAUCCUACAAAAGCAAAACUCCCAGCUUUCGACAAAGUAAAGUGGCGGUCUUCGGGUGCUCCUACGCAGGCACGCUGGCGACGUGGAUGCGCUACAAGUUCCCGCACCUCGUCGACGCCGCUUGGGCCAGCAGCGCGCCGCUGAGAAUUACUCUGGACUUCUAUGAAUACUACGAGGUCGCAGGCGAACUAUACUCGAACGUUAGUUCGGAGUGCAUCGCAAUAGUCAGACAAGGCUAUCGGGAGGCGAAAGUUCUGCUAGCCACGCCGGAAGGACUCGAGCAAGCCCGAGCGACUUUUGAGGGAUGGUCUUGUGGUAACGUCACCGAAAUGGGAUCGAUCGAGAUUUUGGCGACGAUACGCAUGGUCCUUUCGAAUCAGUACAACUCGCCGCACUACGGAAGGGAAAGCUGCGCGUUUUUGCAGGACAAAAACUCGUCGACCACGUGCUUCGAGCAGUUGGCGGCUUUCGUACUGAUGAAGGACGAAGAGGUCUGCUUCGACGACGACAUCGGCGACGUGAUGGCAUGGUCCUAUCAGACGUGCACCCAAUUCGGAUUCAGCUUCACGUUGAGCUCGAUGCUGCAACCUUUCAAGGACUCCGAGUCGAUGAUCGACGUCGACAUGAAGUUCUGCUCGGAGACUUUCGGUGAUGAAUUUGACAUAGAUCAACUGCAGCGGAGCAUCGCUCGGAUGAAUAGGGUGUACGGUUCGACGGAGUUAAAGGUGACGAAAGUGGUCACGAUACAGGGGACCCAGGAUCCUUGGAACAAAGUGGGAUUGCAACGCCAAACUCAAAUUGAUGCUCCCGUUUUCUUGGUUCCAGGUGCCUCCCACUGCGCCGAUACCUACGACAACGACUACGAGCAGGAACUACCCCUACUGCAACAAGCCAAAAGACUCGCCUACAGUUUGUUGAUAAAGUGGCUGCAAUAAAUCAUUAAAGCCCG